GCUGAUACAUAUGCUACUUAUAUGUCAGACUAAACAUAUGCAAAACUGUGUUCAUGAAAUUUAAAUCACACAUAUCUGUAUGUUCCAUCUACAAUACUAUUUAAGAGAUUUCUAAGUUUUAUAUUGGGGUCUAUAAAACAAGUUGACAGCCAAAAUAAAUUCUAGCUAUUAUUCAUCUACCAUAAUUUUACUACAUGUAAUUGAUCUUUAUCAGAUUGUUCAACAGUAGCCCACCAUACAAGAAACUUUGUGGCACAAAUCUGAUACUGUGUAUAAUCAACAAAAUUAAAUUAAAAAGAAUCUUUGCCUCCAGCAAUGUAACAGUAUUGGUACUUAGCUUUGUAAACAGUAUAUCUGAAUCUUCAAUAAACAAUCAAGUCCAAUUAAGCAAGCAAAAUUGCAAAGGACAUAUCUAGAAAAAACAUGCAUUCCAAAUCAGAAUUUAUACUUCCACUCUUUUUAUUCCUGAAAUACUUGUACAGACUUCAGUUGUGUGCAAUAUCUGAAGCGUUAUAAAGCUCCUUCUUUACAUAUAUCAAAAUAUUUCCACUGUUAAUUAAAUGUUGCCAAAUGCUAAACUUCUUGACAUGUGCAUUCAUUAAGGUCUUACCUUAACCUUCCACUGAGUAAACAAAGGGCGGAGAUAAUAAAAAAAGUGACAGGGUAAUCUGAGAGAAAACAGUGUUGGUACAACAAGUCAUUUUAUUGCUGUCCUUGGAUACUAUUAUGAAACUAAUAAAAAGGAACACAUAUAAGAUGACAUUUUUGAAAGAAAUUUCAGUCACCGAGUUUCAAGUGAGCAAGCACUAAGGUUUUUGAACAUGCAGAUAUUAUUAUACAGCACUGAAUGAAAUGGAAAUAUGUUAAUGAACGGUUAACAGCUGAGAUACACUGAGGAUGAGUGUGUUGCGUGUGGGUGUGCUGGGAGCAGGAGUUGUGGGAGUUACAACUGCUACUGAGCUGCAGGUAGAGUUCCCAACAGCUAGCAUCACCAUAAUUGCAGACAAGUUCAACAAAGAUACAACAAGUGAAGUUGCUGCUGGAAUUUUCCGACCAAGCCCAAGCUUUGAAGGACCAACUCCAGAAAUUACAAGCCAGUGGAUCAGGGAUUCAUACAACUAUUACGAUGAAUUGAGAAGAUCUGAACAGGCACCCAGGGCUGGGGUUAGCCAGGUGUCUGGUUAUAUUUUCUCCAGUGUUGACCCAUCACUUGUCCAAAAUCACCUUUUGGAGAAAACUGUUCCCCUGUAUCGAAGAACAACAGAAGAAGAGCUCAAACUUUGCCCAGGAAAUUGGAAAUAUGGGUCAUAUUUUACAACACUUUUGACAGAAUGCACAAAGUUCUUGCCUUGGUCACUGGAAAGAUUUGAGCGGGCAGGUGGCAAAAUAGCAAAGAAAACUGUGACCAAAUUUCAAGACCUGGAACACGACUUUGACAUAGUAAUAAACUGUACUGGGCUUGGAGCAAAAUACCUCUGCUCUGACAACAAACUAGUUCCAAUACGAGGACAAAUUAUUAAGGUACAUGCUCCAUGGAUAAAGACAUUUUUCUAUGCUGAACAUGACACAUAUAUAAUUCCACGCUCUGAUGGAGUAACACUGGGUGGAUGUCGUCAUUAUGAGAGCUAUGACAUCAGUCUGAGUCGUCAUGAUAGUGCUGCAAUAAAGGAAAGAUGCUUCAAGCUGAUCCCCAGCUUGCAGAAGGCUCAAGUUUUAAAAGAGUGUGUUGGGCUUCGCCCUCAUCGCAAUGUGGUGAGGGUAGAAGCAGAGGUGCUUGGGAAGUUGAAGGUUGUGCAUAACUAUGGACAUGGGGGUUAUGGUGUAACAUCAGCACCAGGUACUGCAAAGCAUGUCAUCAAGCAUGUGCGGGAAUUCCACCUGUCUGCUGACAAACAUAGCAAGUUGUAACGCCUUUCCUGUCAUACCCUUACUUUAGUGCAACACGCAAAUACAGUGCAGUUCUUUCUCAAUGAUGGUAAAACAUAACUGAGCCAUGAGGUGAUAAAGCAUACAUACUAAGACUCCCAACCACUUUAAAUAUUUACCUGAUUAAGAAUUUACUUUGAUCAAUUAAUAACAGUGUGAUUUUCAACAUGCAAACUGUCAAUAAUGUAUUAGUAAAUACCUUAUUUACCUGAAUAUAAUAUGAUCUCCCAUUUAAAAACUUAAAAUUACAGUAAACUAUAUUCAAGGAAUUAUGAAAAUAAUUAUGUACUUAAAAACUGAAAAAACUUGGAAAGUUAUUUAGGUCUAUAACUGUAAUCUGAUUAGGAAAGUCAUUCAAUAUUCACAGAUCAUGACAUAACUGUCUUAGCACAUCAGUUUACAUUUAGUUAACAGCAGAAUGUUUACAGAACACUUCCAUUAUAUUCCACAUUUUACUGUCACUGAUCUUUGCUUCUAGACUGCCUUCUUAUUAUGGAAUUUAAAUUAUAGAUCUAUGUGUGGUACUUACGUCUUCCUUUAGUUCAACUAUGCCUUAUUUGUAAAAUGUUAGGUACAUUAAUAAAACAAAAAGCAGUUGACUUUUCA